AUGGUAGGAGAAACACACAGCCAAAACCAAAGGGCCAAGCUGAGCCAAGAGUUGACAGCUUUGCAAGAGGUUGAACAGAUUGCUCAGUUGAGAAAAAGAAGAAAGGCACAAGGCCAACGUCCACAGCCAGGAGAAAGAAGAUUUGUAGAUGCACCAGAGGCUGUCUAUGUCGAGCCCAAGCCACCAGGAAAAAGAGGUUAUCUUAGAUGGGAGAGAAACCUUGAUCAAUGGUUUCAUUACAACAACAUCAUGAGGGAAGAGAGGCUAGCUUAUGCCAUUGAUCUACUUAGAGAAGAAGCCUUCAAAUGGUGGGUACAAGAAGAAGAUGAUAGGAGGUUUUACAAGGAGCCAACUAUCAGAACGUGGAGAGCUCUUAAGGAAGUCAUGAGACAUGAGUUUGCACCAGAUUUUACAAGUUCUGAAAUCAAGGAACUUUAUCCAAGGAGGUACCCAACUCAUGGUUCCAAAGAUGCUAGAAAAGUUGUUGCACAAGAGAGUAAGAGAGGCUGGUCUCAACAAGCCAACUUGCAACCAAACCAGGGGCACGCCAUUGUCCAAUGCUUAGACCAGAAAAGUGACAUCCCAAAGGCCAUGGAGAGUAGAAGUGUCGGCCAAAACACUUUGAUCAGAACCAAAGCAAAACCAUUGCUAGAUACUAUGCAAGUAAAGGCUAAGAAUGUUAAGACAGGUCCUGAGGUCCAGCAAAACACGAGCUCCACAUCCUUAUUGGAAUCAAAAGUUGUCCAUGAUUUAUGUCCAAAGAAUAAAGAGAUUCCAAACCAAAAGAAAGAAGAGGCAUCAACCCAAGGUAAGUCUUAUAACUUUAAAAAUUUAAAAGAUCAGACAUGUUAUAGAUGUCAUAAAAGAGGACACUUUGCUGUGACUUGCCCCACUAAGCAAGCAUUGAUAGAAACAUCACUAGAAGAGAAAACAGAUUUAUCUAUAAAAAGUGAUAGUUUUAUUCAAUCUGAUUUAUUGGUUCCAAAUUCUUGUAUAAUGCACUUGUCUUUGUCAAAGGGUAUUGUAUCAGGAAAUAAGGAGCAAGAACUUAAAAGAGAAGACCCAGUCUACCAGCAUGGUAUUGCUAAAGAGGAGGAAGCCAUAAGUGAGGCUGGAAGAAAUGAUUUGUUGCUUAAAGAAGCAAAACCAGAAAUCAAAGUAUCAAACCAAGGUAAGUGUUUACCAUCACCUUUAGAUACUGGUUUAAAUUUUUAUGUUCUUGGUACAGGGAUACCAGAUGAGAGCUCUAUGCAUACUGAAGUGCCAAGGGCCGAGCCAGACCAUGAGCUCAAUCAAAAUCCACACCAAAGUGGAAACCAAAUCUGA